AUGGCGGACACAUUCGGUUCGAUCAGGAUCGUCACGCAAGACGGGUCCCACGAGCUCGAAAUCAAAGAUGUGCCUCGUGCGCAGAGGUUCGAGAAUUUCAAGAGUCGAGUGGCUGUUGAGCUAGGGCGGGCUGAGAAAAGAUACGUCAACCCGGGAGACCUUGACCUGUUCGUUUUCAGCGAGAAGAUGGAGGACAAGGAUCGUACUCUCGCCGAGUAUGGCAUCAAAGACGGCGCAAUCGUGACUCGGAUCGACCAUUUCAACGGUACCAACCGUCGGGCUCCGACCAAUUCUACUCCCAACCUCAACCCUGAUCAGGCCAACCUCCCACCAUACCCUGGCCCUCCCACUGGUAAAGCCCUGGAAAAUGUCUUCGUCAAGCUCGACCACCGAACGAUCAAUCUGCACGGUCUUACCACCACCAGCACGAUUCAAGAGCUAUACGACAAGCUGAAAGAGGAAGCCAAGGUCAGUCAGGCCAACACGGGGCUGAUCUUUGGGAGUAAGGAAUUGAGGCCCAAUCUGACUUUGAGGGACGUCGCCAUUGACAACAACAGCACGAUAUUCGUCUUUGACAAGCUCCCAGGCGGCGGAUACUGA